AACUCGAUACGACAAAGAACGGGACACCGACGAACUUGCGCAGGAAACUGCCUAUAACUGUAUCGCCAUGGCGCAGAAGUGGGAUGUGCUCAGCCGGCGUGGCAUUGACCUCGCCGCGAGCGCUGCAUCCGUAGGCUUCACCGCCGCGAAGUAUGGCACGCAACUCGGCUUCUCAGUGACUCGCACAGUAGCCACCACCGCCGCCUCCCUCACCGGCGGCGCGCUCGACCUCGUCCUCUUCGCGGGCACGCCCUCCGCAGGCCCCGCGCUCUCCUCCGCAUUAGACUCUGCCCUUGGAUUCGCCGAAAGCCUCGCACUCCUCCCAAUCCUCAUUGGCGAGAGCGUCACCUCGACCUCUCUCGUCGCCGCACACUCAUCCGUGAACGUCCUCGCCGCGCUCUUCCCCGGCUCAGACGAGGCGAGCUUCAGCCUCGCGAGCUUUGUGACGCUCGUCAGGCGGCACUGGGCGGCGGAGGACGCGAAAAAUAUGCACCUGCCUGAGGAAUCGUACGGCAUGGGCGAGGUCGCGGCUGCGCUCGUCGCGUGGGGCGCGCUCCAGGGCGUCACGGCCGAGUGGGCGGAGAAACGCUGGAUGAGCGCGAUGCGCGAGAUCCACGUGGCCAACGAGCCCCACAACGACGAGUUUAAGCGGGAGCGGCGGGAGUCGAGGAUCCGCGUCAACUCGAACGCGAGGAUGCCGGGUAGCGCGGGGCACCUCAUCACCGCCGACAUCGGGGAUGCGCCGACGAGCGACGGGGAAGAGUCGCCCGGGUAUAUGCCGGGAGGUAUGCCAGCGCCGUUCCGCAUGCCCGUUCGGGUCGCAUCGGGCCCGCACGUCCGCUUCUCUGGAGUGCCGCCGUCGCCGACGACGCCUUCGUCGAGUUCUGCGCCGAGCGACGUAUCAUGGACUACUACCGAUGAGCCCCACCCGAUGCCAUCCCCGCGCCGCAUGACCAACGACGAGCUCAAGUCGACCCUCCGCCGAUUGUCCAAGCUCGUCCUCGCCGGGUAUGGCGGCGCAUCUCUGCUUUUCUUCGGUGUUUCGCCCGUCCCUCCGGCCCCUUCGUCAAGUGCUAGCACGAGCACCGCCCUAACUCGAACGCCGAUCACGGCCGGGCCACGCUUGGACCCCUCAUCCACGCGCGAAGAAGCCGACUUGGCCAGCGCGCUGGAAGCAAGCGAAGCCGAAGCCCGCGGAUCCUCCCAGCAUGCGUCGAACUCGGGCGCAACGGCCGGGCAGAACCCGUACUCGUGGUGGAACAUCCUUCUUGGUCGACACGAUCACGAUAUCUUUCGCGCAUACGCCGAUGCGCCCAUCGAGCGCGCUCAGCAAGAUAUCCGCGACGCGAACGCCAGCGCCGGCACGAAUGGAGAGGGUAGGGAGAGGAGCAGGACGAUGUCGGUGGUGGCGGGCCAGGAACGGCUGAUCCCGAGGUUCUGGGUGCUGAAGGACCAUGCGAGAAAACAGGUUGUCCUGGUUAUCCGAGGGACCAUGUCGCUCAAUGAGCUGGCGGUCGACCUCACAUGCGAGCCUGACGACUUCGUCCCCGCGUCCUCGGACGACUCGGACGCGGUGAAACGUCCUAGGAAGCCACAAGCCGCUCAUCCAGAAGCCUCUGGCAGUCAAGAUACAGAUCAAGACGACGCGUCAGGCGAGAUGCCGGGGUUCUUGGCCUCGCCUUCUCGGCCGCAACGGACGCAAACGAUCCCCGUCCCAACCGAGUUCUCCGCGCCCAAGCCACGCCUCAGAAAAGCGCGUUCUGCCACUCUACCCACGCCUUCCGUUCUGCACGAGCCCAAGAAGUACAAAGUGCACGGCGGGAUGCUGCGCAUGAUGCGUGCGAUGGGCAGACACGGCAAACCGGUACACGUCGCCGUACGCGAUGCGUUGCGGAAGAACAAGGGGUACGAGCUCGUGCUGUGCGGGCACAGUCUCGGCGCCGGCGUCGCUGCGCUUCUCGGUCUCUCCUGGGCAGACCCGAAGACUUGCCUCACAGUCCGCUCGAGCGGCCUCCCGGUCGGGAGAAGGGUGUCGGUCUACUGCUUCGCGCCGCCGUGCUUGACGGACGAGGCGCUCACGGUGCUCGCUGCGGACAUGGUCACGUCCUUCGUGUACUCGCACGACGUGGUAUCCAGGCUGUCGUUAGGCUCGAUCUGCGACAUCCGGAACGCGGCGAUGUGGUUGUGCGAUGCGCAGAGUCGCGCUUCGUCCUCCAAGAAGGGUCGGGGGAAAGGGCACGAGCAAACAAACAACGUCGGGCAGAGGGACACGAAGGGAAAGGGCAGGGAGAAAGAAGCGGGGAGUCUCGCGCCGGAGGUGAAGGAGAGCAUGGGCGAGGGCUACAAGCGCGUCACGAAGCGUGCGCUCAGAUUCCGCGCGGGCAUAGGCAGCGCCGAGGACGCGGACUGGUUCCUAGCGAUCCGGAAGACGCUCGAGGCGAACAUGCAGCACGCAGACCUGUUUCCGCCCGGGCGAACCUGGUGGGCUAUCCGGGACGGGGACCUCCACCCGAGCAAUCGCUCAACGUCGCCGGCCGGGACGGGACAACAUGCUGGGGAGAAAGUCCGGCUUUUCGAAGUGUUGGAUGCGAGGAAGGUGUUUGGGCAAAUUGUAUUUGCCAAGGACAUGCUCAGCUCGCACCUACCUCAUCAGUACGACAGGGUGCUACACGAAUUGUUGUAA